AUGCCAGGAAAAUCCACUGUCCACAACACGCCAGAAGUCCUUGUAGUCCUAGUUGUGGACGGAACCUACCGUCUCGCUGAUCACUUUCACGCCCUCGUCGACACUUAUCUUAAGAACAUUUUUAUAGAACUUAUGAAGCCGAUACUAUUCGAAAACGAGGAAAAAGCAUCAACAGAACGGAAAAUUCCGACAUUGAAAUGUGGCCUCGUGGUAUUUCAUCACUACAGACCAUUCUCUGCGACACCUGUCGAAUCGAGAUAUUUUUCGCAGGAUAGUUUGAAGUUUCUGGAGCAGCUGAAGGAGCUAGAGUUUAAGCACGGGGGGAUGUCAAAGAAUGCUGUGGCGGAGGGAUUGGCUGCUGCUUUGGAAAUGUUUGAACAGUAUGAGAUUCGAAAGGGUGAUGGUGUUGGUGGAGGCGGCGGAAGUGUUAGUAAUGGUAGUGCCAGUAGUUCAACACCACUUUUUGAGCCAAAACGACAUUGCAUUCUCAUUUCCAAUAGUGAACCGUUGGCUGACCCAGUUCAUUUUAAUUUUGACGAAAAGUAUGAUAAUUUCACGAUUGGACAGAUUUGCGAAGAGAUGGCUAAUCAGAAUAUUUUCUUGUCAUUGAUUGCACCGGAAGGUGAUAAACCUGAACUGGAAGAUAUUGUGAAAAAGGUUAAUAUUCAUACUCAAGUGGAGACUGCAGAAAGCGGAGACACGCCGCACAUAUUAAUGUUAGCAGGAGGAAUCAAAUUGCCAGAACCCAAAGCUCACGAGGGAUCUAAUAUAUUUAAACGCGAAGAAUCCGGCGAUAUUCAUCAUACUGGACAACCAGUAACAAAAAAACAAAAAGUGGAUCAUGGAAGUAAUGAAAUAAAAUUAGAAAAAAACGAACAACAACAAACAAAUAAUCCCUCACAAGCACCAACACCAACAUCAUCAAGUAUCAUGCGCCAAUCGCCAGCCUCUUCACCGAAUUUACAACAAGGAAAUUCUAAUACCAGAGCAAAAAAGACUCCAUUAAUAACCAAUCAAAAACUUCAAUCUCCUUCGGCAAGAUCUUCUCCUGUUGCCCAUCAAUCUCCGCAAACUGUUCUUGUUCAAUCACCAGUUGCUAUGACUCCACCACCUCCUACUACACACACUUCACCUGUUCCUGCGGUUAUGCAAACAACACCAAUCCUUACAACUACCGUUCCACCUCAAGCGGCUGCUGCAGCUGCUGCAGCGGCGACAGCAAAUCCUAUAGUAUCUCCUGCAAUGCCAGCACAAUCAAUACCAAUAAGUGUUCCAAUGAAUGCCAUUGCACAAACUCUUCAAGUUCCUCAGGCUAUAACUACUCUUUCUUCUUCAAAUCUAUUCCCAAUGCCCCAGCAGAUAAUAGCAGGUACGCAGCAACCAACAGCCAUACAGUCACCAGGAAUGCCUCAAGUAAUCCGCAAUAUGCACCCAAAUCCACAAACGACCAAAAUUUCGAUGAACAAUUGGACUCCCGAACUUCGACAACAGCAGCAACAUCGGCAACAGCUACUCCAAAAGAACAACUUAUUAAAACAGCAAUAUGCGCAAAGCCAACAAAAUGUCAUGAAGAAAGUCAAUGCAGCAAUACCAGCAGCUACAGCACAAAAUCCAACAUCUGUAUUGUCAUUUCCAGGACAAUUACCGACCAAUGCGACUGGAGCACAGGCUCAAGCAGCGGCGGCUGCAGCUGGAAUGCAGAAUAUUCAUUUAAUAAUGAAUGCAUUUGCCCCAGAUUUGAAAAAUAAAGCGCCACCUGACUAUAAUGUUGCAAGUUGGCCUGAAAAAAUGGAGAUUCAGGCUGUGCUUCCCCUUAAAGACCUGCAACGAGACUUCAACAAUCGCCCUCUUGUUUCUUUUACUAUAACAUCACAACCUGGCACAGAAAACGCAUCUUCUUUUCAAAUGUUGCUUGCCAACUUGUCUAAACGAGAAUUGGCGGCAUGUGCUCGAUUUCCAAAUUCGGCUACUUCAAGUGGUGGCAUUCUUCUAUUCAAUAAUAGUGAUGACUACAAAAAUUCAAUUGAUUAA